AUCUUUAUGGUAAAUAUUAUUAAUAUGAGGAGAUGAAGUGACUUAGUCAAAAUAAAUGCUCUUUAUGAACUGCGUUUGAUCCCAGUUUAGUUUGUUAGCUUUAAACUAUUAUAAUAAUUAUGUUAAUAAUAAUCAACAGAACUCUCUGUAUGAAUAUGCGCAGCAGAAUAAAGCGUAGUCUUUAUACUGGCAUUGGAUACUAUAGAGUAAAAUAGUUAAAGGUGUUUUGUUGAGUUUUUCUUUCUCUGGGUGGAGGUCUGAGGACAGAGGGUGUGGUUCGCUGUUCAGACUGUAAAGUCCCUUCAAACUAAUUUAUGACAAUGAAGACUUUUGGUCCCAGUAGAAUCAUUUACAGUCACAGUAGCAGGUAUCGUCUCUGAGGCUGCACCGAGACACAGCUGUGCUUUGAGCUGAACAUGCUCACUAUGACGUUAAUGUACUGAUGUUUAGCAGGUAUACGCUCUAUGUUUACCAUGAGGGAGCCACCCUACACCACGGUAGUUUAGCAUGUUAGCAGCUGAAGCUGUCAUUAGUUCUGCAGGUGUCUGCUCAUAAAAUGAAAAGUCACCAAAGUUAUUAAUUCAUCCUGAGGGGAUCAUGAAUGUGUUCAUCAAAGAACAAGAAGAGGAGAAGCACUUUGUGUUUGAUUCAAACAAGAUGCUGAACAUAGUAGACAUUAUGCAUGUUAAUCAAUAGUAUUUUCACUGUGAGCAUGUUAGCAUUUAGCUCAAAGCUAAAAUAAUGCAGCUUCUUUAUUCAUUUCGAUGGCGCCAGUCCACCGACACAAUGGAGCUGACAAACCGGAGGCUCUGGUUAAAAAAUGCAAAGUGGUUGAAUCUGCUCCAUCGUUUUCUUAUAAGUUCUCGUUUCACUUUGACAGGAUAACAGUUGUCCUCUAUUUCUUCUUGUGUUUGUGCUAAGCUAGGCUAAACACAUCCAGAACUUGAAAUGUGUAGUUGACUUUCUUCUAAAUUCUCUGCUUUCAUUCCUGUGUUACUGAUGUUUCUUCUCAUAGAAUCCUUCUGAAGUCUAACCAUCCUCUUUCAGAGAUCCUGACACCAACAUGCAGUACGAGUGGGCUGAAGAUGACUUUGAGCUGCCCUAUGGGGUAUUUCCACUGGGCCUCACUGAGCCACUUAGUGGGAGAAAGUACGUCAUGUACCACGGCACCACCAAGGCGACGGCUCGAUUAAUCCUGAAAAACGGUUUUCAACAGUCUAAAGACGGGAUGCUCGGCCGCGGCGUCUACCUCAGCAGAGACCUGCAGAAAGCUAGCCGCUAUCCCAUUGGUCACCCGGAGUCUGACAAGAUCGUCAUUAAGGUUCAGGUCAACGUGGGCGAAGUGAUCGCCAUCAAUUGUCAAGGCCACCCACGUCAGAAGACCUGGCAUGACCCCAGAUACGGCCCGGUGUUUGACACCGCCUGGGUGCCACCCAACAAUAAAAUGGUGCCGAGCGGUUUGGAGGAGGAUUGUGUCUGGGAUCCAGAUCGAAUCAAGAUCCUUAAAACCAUCAAUCCACGUCCAGUCCAACCUUAUGUUGGAUGUGGUGCACGGGAUCCUGACACCAACAUGCAGUACGAGUGGGCUGAAGAUGACUUUGAGCUGCCCUAUGGGGUAUUCCCAUUGGGCCUCUCUGCGCCAGUUAAUAAUAGAAAGUACGUCAUGUACCACGGCACCACCAGCAGAAAUGCUCAAUCCAUCCUGGCCCAUGGUUUUAGCCAGUCUGAAGACGGGAUGCUCGGCCGCGGCGUCUACCUCAGCAGAGACCUGCAGAAAGCUAGCGCCUAUCCUAAACGUCAUCCUCAGUCUGACAAGAUCGUCAUUAAGGUUCAGGUCAAUGUGGGCGAAGUGAUCGCCAUCAAAUAUCAAGGCCACCCACGUCAGAAGACCUGGCAUGACUCCAGAUACGGCCCGGUGUUUGACACCGCCUGGGUGCCCCACAACUGUGGAAUGGUGAGGAGCGGUUUGGAGGAGGAUUGUGUCUGGGAUACAGAUCGAAUCAAGAUCCUUAAAACCAUCAAUCCACGUCCAGUCCAAUCUUAUGGAGGAUAUGAUGCGUCGGGCUACCAGUGAGCUCUACGACAUGUUACCAAUUUAUUUUGUAUGUUCAAAUGUAUUUUUAUAUAUUUGGAUAAAAAGUAAAUGACAUUUGCAUCUUGUCACGUUGUCAUUGAAACCUGGAAAAUAAAUGGUUCUUGUUAAA